GUUUUCGACCCCAAUACCGCCAACAUGCCUGCCGAAGUCUCCGACAUCAAGCAGUUCAUCGAGAUCUGCCGCCGCAAGGACGCCCAGUCCGCGCGCAUCAAGAAGAACAAGAAGGUCAACAACAUCAAGUUCAAGGUCCGCUGCUCGAGGAACGUGUACACGCUCGUCCUCAAGGACACCGACAAGGCCGAGAAGCUCAAGCAGUCGCUUCCCCCGGGUCUCACCAUCUCCGACGUCGGCAAGAAGAACCCCAAGGGCAGGCACGCGGCCGCAUAAAUCCUCACACGCGCAGGAUUGGUACCAUGAAACGGCACGACGGGCGGUGUUGAAAGAUGACGGCGUAGGGCAUGGCAUUGGCCGAGGGCGUCUCGGAAUGGGAACUCUGGACAUGCACUGGCGUACGAUACUUGAACAGGGCCCCGCGCACGCGUACGGGUGACCACUGAAUGAGAAACGUCCAACCCAAGACCAGCAUUGUCGUGAAGACCCAUGUUUUCUUGACGUUGAUGGAUGGACCAGAACCCGC